CUCACGGCAAUGGCAGAUCCUUAACCCCCCGAGCCAGGGAUUGAACUCAAAUACUCAUGGAUACUAGUUGGAUUUGUUUCCGUUGAGCCACAACAGGAACUCCACCUUGAAAUUUUUGAGUCAGAAAGUUCUGCAUUUGAAGCUUUUGGAUUUUGAAUCUUGAUAUUGGGCCAUUUAGCUGACUUCUUGGAGUGGUAGUUUUCUCCUCCAUAACUGGAGUAAUGGCAUCUCCCCUCUGGCAGAGUUAUUAUGGGGACCGGGGGUGGAGAGCAAGGAUAGGCUAAAUGCUGAGACACUGCAGUGGCCCAGUCAGCAGCAACUGUUAGGGGUGCUCUCUGUGUGGUCUUGCCAGUGCUAUCAACAUUUCUGGCCCUUGGUCUCUGUAUCUGUAAGGGGGAAACAGUUGUCUGUCUACUUCCUUCCAUGAUUUUCCAACCGGUAAUGGCCAGGCUGCCCAUUUUUGGGGUAGUAGGUCAGUCAGGCCCGAGACCCAGGACCAGAGAGCUCAGCUGGCAGCCUUUCCAGGGCACCACUGGGCCUGCUGGACCGAGUUAAGGGAGCUGAUCUCCAGUGGCUGCACCCCAGGUGCUGCUCCCUACGCAGCAGGCAGUGGGGCUCCCCAUCCGGCCUUUCCCAUAGAGCUGAAGCCCUCCAGGGCCGUCUAUUCUGUGCUGGCUUUGGCGGGGCCACUGGGCACCAGAGGAAACCAAGGCCCUAGACGGUGUGUGCUCAGGCCUGUCACUCCAGCCCUUGGAACCUCGCUUUUCCCAUCUGCAACUUGGGAAGAAUCAUUUGGACCCCUCCUGGGAUAACACGGGAAUGCUGUGUUGCGGUGGCAAUAGAGUCGGAUGAGGAUGAUGGUAGCUCCCCUGGUGAUUUUUGUUGCAGUUUCAAAGUCCAGCCGUGGAGUCACACGGUCACAAUCCCACAUCUGCAUCUGGUGGUACCCUCCACGCCGCACCUCCUUCCACACAGCUCAUCUCAGGGGCGCACGUGAAACCCUGUCAGUUAGGAAGGACGGAGAGUAUCUAAUGCCCCAUUUUGUGGAUGAGAAAAUUGAGAUUCAGUCAUGAGCUCAUCCUAGUGGUGGAACCUCUUCAUUCCACACUGACUGUGGGUCUGAAGAAAUGAGCCUGGUGAACAACCGGGAACCCACUCUGGGACCUUGUGGCAGGGUCCCUUGGUUGCUUGCUCUGCCAUGCUGUCACUAGCUUUUAGGAAUUGGUGGUAGGAAAAGCUUAGGGGCAUUGAGGAAUGCCUACUGGGUUUUCUGGCAGUUCCAGCUAUCCUGUGCUGAGUCCAGAUCUGGAAGAAUAUUUGCCUUGGCAGAGACCAUCAUCUUUUUCUUCUUUCUCACCUGCCACCUUGGCCAUGCCCAGCAUAAGCAUAGCCCCACUUUCUCUUUCUCCUCUGUACUCAUGUUCCUCAGGCAUCCUCAUGGUGAGGUGAGCUUCCCCAAAGGGGAGCGCAGAAAGCAGGGAGAUAGGGCUGGGGACAGUCCUCGGGCCCCCUGGCCAGAGAGCCUCUAGGUAGCCCUGAAAACUUCCCGAGUAAGAGAGAGGCAGAAAAAGCAGCAGUAACACUGGGAUUUUUCCAAGGGCCAUGUGCAUAUUUACAUAUAAUUUGCAUCCAACCAAUACACUGAACACAAUUUUAUAAUCUCUCCCUAGGCACAUUCAGAUUUGCUUUUUACUAUUGUUCUUUUCAAAGAUGGCUGCUUCUGGCUUUUGGCUCUUGUCUGGCCUCACUCCUGUUCUCUGUACCCCUAACCCCCUCACAGAGGGCAGGUGCCAGAGGGGAACCGAGGGUCAGCUUCAGGUCAGCCCUACUAUCGAUCGCCUUCCCUGGGGUGAGCACAGAGGGCGGCCCCCGUCGCUCUUUAGCGGGAACACACAGGCUCAUCCUCGCUGCUGCUCCCCAGGGGUCCCCUUACCUGAGAACGUGGCUCAGGGCACCUUCACACGCGGGUGCCCAGAACUUGGCACUUAGCAGGUGCUCAAUAAAUCUGGGCAUAGAGCGCGAUUAGAGACAAGGAAGAGCAUUGGAAAACAAAGCCAUAUCCCAUAUAGUCUCUUUGGCUUUUGUGCCCAUAUAGGGCAAGGCUGGUGGGGAGAAGUGAGCCCCUGAGAAAUAGAUUUUGCUCUCUGACUGUGACCAAAGGAAGCAUUUCUUUCUCUUCUUGACCUUGCAGGAAGUAGCGGUGGGGAUGAGAAGAGCAGAAAGGAAGAACCAGGGCUUCUAUUAUUUUGUUUUUCAGAUUGAGAAUCUGUUAUUAGCAAUUUAUGACAACCAGGUCUGCAGCCAAGCACAUUCUGUUCCCCAGGGUUGGGGGAAGGUUCUUAGGGCCGUGGUGAGAGGUUGGACAGGAAAGACGACCGGGUCAACAAUUUUUUGAUUGACUGUGCGGUGCCUUAAUCUGUGCUAGGGAGCAGCUUUAGCAUGGAGCCAGUUCGAGCCCAGCCCUGGGUGGGGAGAUGCCCUUCUGGAUGGCACGGCUUCCCCAUGGGAACCCAAAUGGCUUCUCUUACAGGGGUGAACUCCCCUCCCAUAUGGUGCCCAGAUUUUGUUCUGUGAAAUGGGGUCAGGGCAGUGACCCUCAGAGCAGAGUUUCUCGAGGUGGCCAGAUCUGGGAAAACGCCUACCAGGAAAGGAGAGCAGCGGGGUGAGAGAAGACCCCGGAAGAGGGGGAGCGGGCAAGAUGACCACCGCUGUGGAAAGAAUGGCACACAAGCAAAACAACCCCCUUUCUGCAAAAGUGCUGAGCUGGUGGAAUUUAGCUCAGCGGCCACGAGAUCGGGGCAGUAGAUAGAGCUCUGCGGGCGCCUGGGCUGUGUGUGUGCAGGUUGUUGUGUGUGGGGUCCGGAAGAUGAUGGAGAGCACGGGAGCAGCACCUGUGGCACCCCCUCCACCAGGCUGGCCUCCACACUUCCCUGGACCCAUCACCAGUCUGCAUUCUUGGAGGCAAGCCCCCUUCCUCCAUCCACUCCUCACGAUGUCCAUGAGGAGUCCCGGCUCUGCCCAGCUGGCCCUGGAUGACGCUGGCACCAUGGUGAACUGUACCGUCAAGUCAGAGGGGAAGAAGGAGCCCUGCCACGAGGCCCCCCAGGGCUCGGCCACCGCAGCUGAACCCCAGCCCGGAGACCCAGCCCGGGUCCCCCAAGAUGGUGCUGACCCUCAAGCUCCACCAGGUGCCCAGCACUCUGCUAGGGGCUCCUGGGAUAGCAGCUCCCUGGAGAGCAGUGGGUCCCCAGAACCCAAGAGACCAGGAGGCCCCGAGGCUGCUUCUGGAAGCCAGGAGAAGCUGGACUUCAACCGAAAUUUGAAAGAAGUCGUGCCGGCCAUUGAGAAGCUGCUGUCCAGUGACUGGAAGGAGAGGUUUCUGGGAAGGAGCUCUGUGGAAGCCAAAGACGUCAAAGGGACCCAGGAGAGCCUGGCAGAGAAGGAGCUCCAGCUUCUGGUCAUGAUCCACCAACUGUCCACCCUUCGGGACCAGCUUCUGACGGCCCACUCCGAGCAGAAGAACAUGGCUGCUAUGCUCUUUGAGAAGCAGCAGCAGCAGAUGGAGUUGGCCCGGCAGCAGCAGGAGCAGAUCGCUAAGCAGCAGCAGCAGCUGAUUCAGCAACAGCAUAAGAUCAACCUCCUUCAGCAGCAGAUCCAGCAGGUCAACAUGCCUUAUGUCAUGAUCCCAGCCUUCCCCCCAAGCCACCAACCUCUGCCUGUCACCCCUGACUCCCAGCUGGCUUUGCCCAUUCAGCCCAUCCCCUGCAAGCCAGUGGAGUAUCCGCUGCAGCUGCUGCACAGCCCCCCUGCCCCCGUGGUGAAGAGGCCUGGGGCCUUGUCUGCCCACCACCCCCUACAGGAGCCCUCCCAACCCCUGAAUCUCACGGCCAAGCCCAAGGCCCCCGAGCUGCCCAACACCUCCAGCUCCCCCAGCUUGAAGAUGAGCAACUGCGGACCCCGCCCCCCCAGCCAUGGGGCCCCCACACGGGACCUGCAGGCCAGCCCCCCCAGCCUGCCUUUGGGAUUCCUUGGUGAAGGGGAUGCUGUCACCAAAGCCAUUCAGGAUGCCAGACAGCUGCUGCAUGGCCACAGUGGAGCCUUAGAAAGUUCCCCCAACACCCCCUUCCGUAAGGACCUCAUUAGCCUGGACACAUCCCCAGCCAAGGAGCGGCUGGAGGAGAACUGCGUGCACCCACUGGAAGAAGCCAUGCUGGGCUGUGACGUGGACGGCUCCCGCCACUUCCCUGAGUCCCGGAACAGCAGCCACAUCAAGAGGCCCAUGAAUGCCUUCAUGGUGUGGGCCAAGGACGAGAGGAGAAAGAUCCUUCAAGCCUUCCCAGACAUGCACAAUUCCAGCAUCAGCAAGAUCCUUGGCUCCCGCUGGAAGUCCAUGACCAACCAGGAGAAGCAGCCCUACUACGAGGAGCAGGCGAGGCUGAGCCGGCAGCACCUGGAGAAGUACCCUGACUAUAAGUACAAGCCGAGGCCCAAGCGUACCUGCAUCGUGGAGGGCAAGCGGCUGCGGGUGGGCGAGUACAAGGCUCUGAUGAGGACCCGGCGCCAGGAUGCCCGCCAGAGCUACGCGACCCCCCCGCAGGCCGGCCAGGUGCAGAUGAGCCCCUCAGACGUCCUGUACCCUCGGGUGGCGGGCGUGCCGCUGGCACAGCCCCUGGUGGAGCACUAUGUGCCCCGCAGCCUGGACCCGAACAUGCCUGUCAUCGUCAACACCUGCAGCCUCAGGGAGGAGGGCGAGGGCACGGAGGACAGGCACUCAGUGGCCGAUGGUGAGAUGUACCGGUUCAGCGAGGAGGAGGACUCGGAGGGCGAGGAGAAGAGUGACGGGGAGCUGGUGGUGCUUACGGACUGAUCCCGGCUGCGUGGGCCUGGCCACCCUCCUCCCUGGGGAGGACCUGGCCCCAGGACAGGGGGACACAGCCACCCACCCUGGACUGUGUUGGUACUUGGACUUGGGCAUGCCCGGGAGAGGGGCACAGCGGUGCAUUUGUAGAUAAUGUUCACGACGGGGAGAUACCCCCUCCCCGCUGCCCCAUGGGCACACCUGAGGAGCUGAUGGCUCCACUUGGUGGUGAUGGGCUGAGAUCCAGGCCCAUGGGGCUUGUGGCCAGGGGACACCCAGUGACCCUCCCUGCAGGUCUGCCCACCCUGAGGGUAUGGCAGCUACAGACCUGUCCCCUUGGGGCCACAUGCUUUGUUUCCAUUCUUGUCCUAGCGGGACCAGCCACCAUGGGACCAACACAACCGCCCCCCCACCGCCUGCGGGCACCCCCCCCGCCCCCGCCUGCAGUACCCUAGAUUGCUCUUCUGCCAUGAGGAUCACUUUGUACUUUGUGCAGAAAGGUCUGGGUGUCCUCGCCGUCUUUAUCUUCUGCCAAGCCUAUCGUGCCUCUGGCUGCUGUGUGUGCAUGUGUGUGUGUGUGUGCGCAUGCGCGCACAUGCACAUGUGUUUUCAUCUGUUCUUUCAUUGCACAAGGUAUUUAUUGAGUGCCCGCUAUGUGCCAGGCACUGUCGCUGAGUUCCUGUGAGUGUGUCUCUGGAUGCCAUUCUCGCUUCCCUGGGGGGGCCCUUUCCGUGCUUCUCUUCGUCCCCUAAUUGCUACCUCUUUGUCAGUCUGGGUGUCUCAGGUUCUGUGUGUCCUUGGUGCAUUUUUCUCUCUGUCCCUGCCUCUCUGGAGGGCCUUUCUUGUAUCUCUGCCUUCCCAGGUGUCUGCCCUUGCCCUUUGAUGCUGGCCCGGUCUCUGCCCUCAGCCCCCCAGCCUCCUGCCUUCCCCUUCGCUCCUUCCCCGACCCAGCCUGUCAGUUCCCACGGAGCCAUUUUUAGCUCCCAGCAGCUUGGGAAUGUGCUUGGCCUCCAGGGGGCUCUGGCCUGGUGCCCCUGCCCCCGGUCCCAACCUGAGUGCCAGGAAUAGGGGCAGGAGGACGGAGGGUGCCCUCUUCUGUCCGUGACAGAAGCCCUGGAGAGGGGGCUCUUGUGGCAGCUGGUUGCCACUCCUUGAGCAGGGGUGGGAGGGCCCCAUUCUUGGAAGGGAGUGGAAGGAGAAAAGGGCUUCGGCUUUCUCUCCAUCCUCUCCCACCCAGCUCGCCCCCACCACUCCUUUCCCCUCCCCCACUCUACACCAGAACUUGCCUCAACCCCUGACCCUUUUCACAAGAUCUUUGCCCAAGAAAAUCCAAUCCCAUUGGCACAUGACUCCAAAGAUCCUGAACAGCCCCUAAUGGGGGGCCGGGUUGGGGUGGGAAGGGAACCCCAGUCCCACAGGGACAGAGUCUGUCCGCCCCCCAACCUUCUCCCCUUCCCUUCCACUUCCCCAAGCCCAACUUCUCUCCAGGCUGUUUCUUUUUUUUUUUUUGUAUGACUGUAAACAUAGAUAGUGCUUUAUUUUGUUAAUAAUAAGAUAAUGAUGAGUAACUUAACCAGCAUAUUUCUCCUGUUUACCCUUGGAGGAAUUGUUUGUUUGUUUUCUGUUGGCAUAAUAAAGACAGACCAUUUCA